CUAGGGUUUUUUUCUAGCUCCAUUUCUCUACUCUCUCAGCGUCGCGAAGUUAUUUCGAGGGUUCGGCUCGGAGAAGACGGUUUCUUUCAAAUUUCUGCUGAAUAGAAGAAACGCCGGAGACCAUGUACAGGUCAAGGGGAUGCUUGGUUAAAGCAGCGGCAAUGGUUGGAGACUUCCAAUAUGGUUUCCUGAUGACCAUGGGUUGAAACCAAGGAUCCCUUUAGCUAAUCUACUAAUUAAAAAGUUUUAAAAAAAAUGGAGACUAAGAAUUGCAAAUUUUAGUUGUUUUGGGUGACGGUCUAUGUGCUGCAAACUUUUAAUUGUCUGAAAGCUUAUGUAAUUAUUAAUCUGCACUCUGAUGACCCGCAUUGAAGAAAUGCAUUAGUGGCAGAUUUGCAUUAGGUAAACUUUUGAAGUUGUUUAAGUGUGAUUUUAGUCUACUUGCAGUCCCACUAAACAUUUUUCUUUUCCAUUGAUUACUUUUCUGCAGUAUAUGAACUUGCUGACGUUUAUUCUUCUUUGUUUGAAUGUUGCAUUCUUGCAUGAUGUCUUUGUUGAAAAGUAAUUCUUAACCAUCCCUUUCUGAGAAAAUAUUCUCUAAUAUUCUUGAGAAUUCAUUUAAUUAGAUAAUUUUAAAACUUUACAUCUUGAACUACUUGCUUUUCUGCGCUGUUCUCUUUAUUCUUUAAAUUUAUGAAUUUCCUGGAGGAAUCAUGCUGUUAUUUCACCUUUCUGCUGUUUAUUUUGCAUUUUGCUAUACUAUAGUAAAGCAUGAUAAAUUACUCCAGCUAGUUAGAUAGCCACUAGGGUGAAAUUCUAGUGAUUACUAGGAUUCAAAUUUUCAAAUGGGGAUUGAGUGUUAGGGGGUACCAUCUCCUUUUUUUUCUUUCUUUGGGAUGUUGGAUAUUAUGAAGGGCAAUGAUGGGAAGCGGGGGGGUUACGGACGGGUACGAGGGCGCAAAGAGACAGCGAAUGAUGGAAUCCAAUCCCUACUUCGCAGUGAGCGGUGGAGGGGUUUCAGACGGCUACGACUUUGCUGCUGCCUCAAAGCGCCCUAGGAUGCUCGAAUCAAGCCCCUAUUUUGGAGGGGCUGGUGCUGGCUCAUUUUAUGCUUCAGCAUAUGGGAACUAUGGCGGAGGUCCAAGCAGAAGCAGUGCCUACAGCUUCCCUGUGGUUCGUCUGCGUGGCCUGCCCUUCAACUGUGAUGAGCUUGAAGUCCACAAAUUUUUUGCUGGUUUGGAUGUCGUGGAUUGCUUGCUGGUGAACAAGAACGGGCGCUUUUCAGGUGAGGCCUUUGUUGUCUUUUCUUCUCCAAUGCAGGGAGAGUUUGCCCUUCAGCGAAAUAGGCAGAACAUGGGACGCAGGUACAUUGAGGUCUUUCAGUCCAAGAAACAGGAAUAUUAUCAUGCCAUAGCUGAGGAGGUGAACAAUGGUGGCUCAUUUGACGGUGAACAUCGAAGCGGCUCACCAGCACCUCGUUUGAAGAAGACUUAUGAUGACAAGGAUCAAAUGGAUUAUACUGAGGUUCUCAAGCUUCGCGGGCUUCCGUAUUCUGCAACGGAGACGGACAUUGUCGACUUCUUUCGAGAUUAUGAUGUGAAGGAAGGGAACGUGCAGAUUGUUCGCCGCCCGGAUGGGAAGGUUACUGGGGAAGCUUAUGUAGAGUUUGCAUCAGCUGAAGUUGCAAAGAAGGCAAUGUCCAAGGACAAAAUGACAAUUGGAUCGAGAUAUGUGGAACUGUUUCCAUCAACCCCAGAGGAUGCAAGGAGGGCAGAGUCGAGGUUCAAGCACUGAACGCAUUGAUUGAUAUGAGCAUUGGCAUGAAUAGCUUGUGCCCUUAUCUUUUUCUUGUCCCUUAGAUUUCUAAUAUUUUAGGGAGUUUAAUCUGUUCCAUCGUGCUCUCUCUCUUCCUGAGGAUGUUUUUAUCAUAUAUUUUUCAUGUCUUUUUGUCAAACUCCCGACCCUUUAAUCUUAUUAUUCUGGAUAAAUGGCAUGCAUACUGAGUUGGUUGUUUUAUCA